AUGACCCAGGCUGGUAGUACUAGGGUUAAAAUUGAAACAACCAUAAGUACAUCUGUUCAUUUCCUUGAUAUUACUAUUACAAAUGACAACGGUCAAUUACGAACAUCAAUUUAUCACAAACCGACUGCUGAACCAUACGUUUUACCACUCACAUCUGAUCAUCCACGUCAUGUUCAUCGUAACAUACCUUAUGAACUACUACUUCGCGCGGCACGUAUUUGCUCGCAUAUCAAUGAUUUCAAUACCGAGCGAAUUCGUAUUGACAUGUCAUUAUUAUUGAACGAUUAUCCACCAAAUUUUAUCGCGAAACAUUUUAAUCGUUUCUUCCAAUUGAAUCAGGCAAGAUCGGUAGUACAACAACUCGACGAGAACAGUUAUCAACGAUUGCAUCAACAAUUACUUUUUAAACCAACACGACGUGAAAAACAACUACAACAACAUAUGCAAGAUCCAAUCAACAAGCCACUUGCCCUAGAAACAAAAGAAUGGAAUCGAAAAAUAAUGGCUACACCUUACAUAUUUGACAGUGGAUUGACGAAAGACUUUCGUUCCAAUGUAAACAAUGUUCGAGUUCGUCUCAUACCUACAACGAAUCGAACAUUGGAAGAUUUCUUCAUCCAUAAAAAACCACGACGACAACUACUCACUAGAAUGGAUCUCUGA